AUGUCCGACUUCGACAUCAAUACCGCCCUGAAAGCAUAUCUCGACGACCCACAGUCCCUCCUCACGCCAGAAGCCGAUGCAUGUCUGCUUGACUGCGAAAACGAUGCGGAUGCCUUUUCGCCAGGUCUGAUCAACAGCGUGCUAAAUCCCAUAGCGGAUGCGAUUGGAGAGAAUCCAGAAGCCGUUUUGCAGGCAGCAAACUUGGACAGUCUGCAAUUCCUACUCAAGUGCGCUCCCACUGAUCUUAACUUGUAUGAUCGCGGUGCUGAUUGUGAGCUUUUCGCUCGGUGCAGACAGAACUCGUACACACCUGCACCCUCGCUCGGCAAGUUGCUGGACCUGAUCAUAAGCGGUCUCGGAGCAGAGGCAGAGACUAUCCACCACGAAGAGCAAGAUGGAGACUCGGAGACAGCACAACAUAAGCAGACACUGGAAGUAUUCGCGUUUCUGCUACAAUGGUGUAUCGCUUGCGUGGAGGCCAAGAGCGCUGAGAAGCCAGCCGCUCCAGCACGAGGCAAAGGAGCGAAGGGCAAGAAUGCGAAGAAGGAUGGCAACUGGGAUCCCACCGCACAGCUGCAGACUGCUCUCGACACAAUGACAAAAGUCAUGAAGCUGAAGCUGGCCAAGAUCUUCGUAACGACAAGCGAGCGCGAUACCUUUAUCGGCCUAUUCACAAGGCCUGUAUAUCAGAUUUUGGAAAGCGAGCAAAGAGUGAAAAGCACUGCGAUACGAAUGCACACUUUCAAGGUCCUGUGCGUGGCAAUCAAGCACCAUGGCCACGCCUACGCUGCGCAAACGAGCAUCAUACAAAACCUGACCUACUUCGAGCAUCUGGCCGAGCCUAUGGCCGAGUUUCUAAACAUUUUGGCCGAGCAGUAUGAUUACGCGCAGCUGGCUGAGGAAGUCAUGAAAGAGCUAUCCAGUAAGGAGUUCAGUGCAAACGACACGAGAGGGCCAAAGUCAGUCUCGACUUUUGUGGCACGCUUGUCUGAGCUUGCACCUCGCGUUGUUCAGAGGCAGGUCUCUUAUCUCGCAAAGCUGCUCGAAAGCGAGAACUACACCCUAAGAUGCGCCAUCAUCGAAGUGUGUGGCAAUCUGAUUGCAAUGUUGUCUAAGGCCGAGGAGAGCGAGCGGAGUGAGAACCAUAAGGGCCAGAUCAAUGCCUUCUUCGACGUGCUGGAGGAGCGAUUCCUGGAUAUCAAUCCAUACUGCAGAUGCAGAGCCAUUCAAGUAUACGUCAAGCUGUGCGAUCUGGAGACCAAGUACCCGAAGCGAAGACAAAAGGCGACCGAGCUCGCUACACAGAGCCUCGAGGACAAGAGCAGCAACGUACGACGCAAUGCCAUCAAGCUCCUCGCCAAGCUCACGACUACCCAUCCUUUCGCAGUGCUUCACGGCGGACUGCUCAGUCACCAGGAGUGGGAAUCACGACUGGAGACUUGUGAAGCGGAGCUGAGCGCGCUGAAACCACCAGCUGGAACUCCUGGUCUAGCAGAGCGUACGCAGGCUGAGCAGACUGUCGAUGAGAGCUUACUGGACGAUGCCACUCAGUCCGAAGAGCGAGCACCCAUGACCGAGGAACAGAGGAUGGCCGCUUUCCAGAAGGCGCAGGAGGAAGCUGCAACGGCUGAAGCGCUCAGCAAGUUGCAACUUACCAAGCGUUAUUACAUCGAGGCCUUGAAGUUCAUCAAUGCACUGCAUGAGGCGAGCCCCCAUAUAGUGCAACUACUUGCCAGCAAGAACAAGUCGGAAGUUGUGGAGGCAAUGGACUUUUUCGUGGUGGCUGAUGCUUACCAUCUGGAGACUGCGAAGUCUGGAAUCCGCCGUAUGCUACGUUUGAUCUGGACGAAAGGCAACAGCGAUGAAGGCAAAGGUGUGCAGACGCAUCUGAUCGAAUGCUAUAAGGGUCUCUUCUUCGAUGCACCGGACAAUUUCAGUGCCAAUGACGCUGCGAAUUAUGUUGCACGGAACAUGAUUAGUCUGACCUUCGGAGCAACAUCAGCAGAGUUGACUAGUCUCGAGCAGCUUUUGGCAACCAUGAUGAAGGAGAAGAUUAUUUCUGAGCUCGUGACCCAGAAGCUGUGGCAAGUGUAUGGUGUGCAGAAGAAGGAGAUUAGCAAGCAACAACGACGAGGUGCGAUCAUCAUCCUUGGAAUGCUUGCUCUUGCCACUCCAGACAUUGUUGUAAAGGAGAUGGAGAUCUGCUUACGCAUUGGUCUUGGCGCUCUUGGUCAAAAGGAUCUCGUGUUGGCUCGAUAUACUUGUGUCGCACUCAUGCGCAUGACUGACAAUAAGCCGACCAAGGGCACGCAGGGCAAGCCCAGUAACAGACUGCCGAACGACCACGCUGUCCUGAUUCGCCUGGCUGCUUUGCUGGAGAUCCAGAGUGACAGCAGAGACUGGUAUGGACUGGCAGAACAGGCUAUCAGUGCGAUAUAUGCGCUUUCAAAGCACCCAGAUGUGCUAUGCUCGGAGAUCCUGCGGAAAAAGACGAAGGCGGUGUUCGCGCCCAAACCGAAGUCGAAAUCGCAGGACGCCGAAACCAGCCAGAUUGAUGGCGAUGGCGAUAUUGAGAUGAGCGACAUGCAGGAGGAGACAGCCACCCCAGAGUUGAUAGAACCCGUUGAAAGGAGUGGUGACUCUGCCCUUGCACUAUCGCAACUACUCUUCGCUGUCGGCCACAUUGCCUUAAAGCAGAUCGUGCACCUGGAAUUGUGCGAGCAGGAUUUCAAGCGUCGAAAAGCAGAGAAAGAGAAGCUCAAACCUGCUUCUUCGCCUACCAAGAAGACCCCAGGCGGCAAGACGCCUGCUGCUAAGAAGGCUGGCGAAAAAGAAGACGAGCAGGACGAGCUCGACCUCAUGGCCGGCACGAAUGAAGACGAUUUCACUGACGCGAUCGCCCAUAUCCGCGAGCGCGAGUUGCUAUACGGUCCCCAGAGCUUGCUUUCGAACUUUGGACCACUGGUGAAGGAAGUCUGCGCCAAUAACACGUCCUAUCCUAAUGCCGAGCUGCAGGCACAAGCAGCACUCUGUAUGGCGAAGCUCAUGUGCGUGAGCUCGGAGUACUGCGAGGCCAAUCUCAGCUUGCUAAUCACGAUCCUGGAACGCUCGCCUUCAGCCGUGACACGCAGUAAUCUGGUCGUGGCUCUUGGCGAUAUGGCGGUAUGCUUCAACCAUCUCAUCGACGAGAACACGGACUUCUUGUAUCGACGACUAUCGGACAAAUCGCUACUCGUGAAGCGUACAUGUCUGAUGACCCUCACGUUUUUGAUCCUGGCUGGUCAAGUGAAGGUCAAGGGCCAGCUGGGUGAGAUGGCGAAAUGUGUCGAGGACUCUGAUGAGAGGAUACGAGAUAUGAGUCGUAUGUUCUUCGCCGAGCUGGCGGGUAAGGACAAUGCGGUGUACAACCACUUUGUGGAUAUGUUCAGCUUGCUGUCGGCAGAUGAUGGCCUAGAAGAGGACAGAUUCCGAAGGGUCAUCAAGUUCCUGGCGAGCUUUAUUGAGAAGGACAAGCAUGCCAAACAGCUGGUCGGCAAGCUUGCACCAAGACUGCAGCGUGCUGAGACCGAGCGACAGUGGAACGAUGUUACUUAUGCCCUGGGUCUGCUGCCUCACAAGAAUGAGGAUAUCGCGAAGAUGGUGACUGAGGGUUGUAAGGUCGUGGAGGCUGCCGCGUAG